AUGAUUAGAAAUUUUAUAAAAAAAGCAGAUCUUCUUGUCGAUCCUUAUGAAUUUAAUAUUUCACAAAAAGAGAAAUCUUUAACACCAAUAGGUUCUAUAUAUAAUUCUAUAAUAUUAGGAGGAUUUAUUAGUAUUCUCCUAUUAAUUUUCACUUCCUUUUAUAUUGUUGGAGUAUUUCAAAGAAGUAUUUAAAAUCAGAAUACCAUUUAUGCUGGUACAUAAAGUGAUAAAAGCACUGAAUUUGUGUUGAGUAAUGAAAAUACAAUAUUUUCUAUUGAAUUAUCUACUCUAGAUGGAAAAAUCUUAACCAAUAAUACAAAUGUCAAAGAGUAAAUUAUAAAUUAAUCAAUCUAGUUAUUUUACAUUAUCUGCAUAAUAUAUUUAAUAACAAAGAGUUGAAGGUAAAAUAGGAUUUACUAGAAAUUUCAGUUAGUUAAACUAAUCUAAAUGUUCUAAGGAAAAAAUUGAAUAAUUUAAUUUCUAUUCUGCAUCAAUGACUGAAGAAUAAAAAGAAAAUUUAAUUUGUUUUGAUGGGAAUUUUACAUUAUAAGGAUAAUUCUAUGAACCAUAUUUUGCUUAUAUUAAAUUAACUGUCACUGUAUGUAAUAAUUCCACUAGUCAAUCAUGCAAAUCCUCUAAAGAAAUUGAAGAUUUUAUAAAUAAAGGGUAAUAUUAAUAAUAAAUAUCUAAAGAGUAAAUGUAGACAUGUUUAUUAAAGGGUCAAAAAUAAAACAAUCUUUAAAUUAUUCAAGUCCUGCAGAUGUUUUUUCUACUAAUAUAUUUUGGAGAUUAACAACUGGUAUUGGUGACAAUGAAGAUAUUUACAUGUAACCAUUAUAAAUGGAUUUAAGUAAAAUGAAUUUUAAUAUAUUUUUAGAGAAAAUACAAUUUUUUAGUGAUAUGUUUAAUAUUGAAGAUAAUGAAAGGUUGUAUAAUGGAUCAGUGGUUUAAAGAUAAGAGAGGAGACAAGAACCUAUUUAAAUUUCUUCAGGAGUUGGAUUGUGCACAUUUUAUUUAAGGUAUUAAUUAAAUGAAAAUUAGAGCUUCAUCUGAUACUUCAUUUUAUUUUGUAAUAUAAUAAGACUUGCCUUCAAUUAUUUUAUCAGCAGUAUCAGAAGCUACUGCUUUAUGUUUAGCUGUUAUGUAGUUCAUCAAAAUAUUCUAUAAAGUAUAUAAUCAACAUAAGACUUUUGAAAUAUUAAUGAAUUCUGUUUUUAAAUUUGAUUUAAAAAGUGUUCAAAAAAGGAAAUUAUCAUAUGUAAACUAAUCAUAAACACCAGGGAAAUUAUAAACUUCAGCAAAGAAUUCAAAGAAAUUAUUACAACAAGUAAUAUUACAUCUUUAUUAAGAUAUUUGAUUAUACUAUAAAUUACUCAUUCUAUUAAUAUGUACUUUACAUAAUAAGAAAAUACUUCAAAAGUUGUAAAAAUAUUGAGGAUGAAAAAGAAUUAGUAAUUUCUUAAAUAGCUAAAUCUAAAAUAGAAUUUGAUUUAGAUUUAACCAAUAUUUUGAAGAAAUUAUAUGAAAUUGAUUGUUUAAAGUUAUUUUUGUUUGAUGAUGAUUAACUUAUGCUUUUUAAUUCAUUUUGUUCACCUGUUUUUUAGGAUUAAAUGACUGAUCAAAAAGAAUUAUUUGAUAUAUUAACUGCAAAUAAUAAAUAGAUUAAAUCAAUAAAUUAAUUACAAUAACAAUAAAUUAAUUAAAGUCAUAUAGAUAAUCAUUAAAAUAUAAUUAAAUAUGCAGCUACUUCAACAAGUAUUAUUAUAAUUAUAUUAUUAAUAGUACCUAUUAAUGUUAGAUUAGCAAAACUUACAAGAUUUUUUAAAGCUUAAUUAGGAGCAGAAAAUGCUUAAGAUUUGGUUGACAAUUUUUAAAAAAUAAUUGAAAACAAGAAUAAAAAUUGGUAAUUGAAUGAUUAAUUAAUAAAAUUUGCUAUGUAGAAUAAAAGUUUAUUUAAUCUUGUUUAAUAAAAUUAUACAACCAUAUUACAAUAAUAAAAUGAUGAUGAACAAAAAGCUUUAGAAGAUCAAAUAAAAUUAGAUGUACCUAAUGAAUUAGAUGAUGAUAGAAAAGUUUCUGAAGUUAUUGGUAGUAAAGAUUCAGUUUAAAGUUUAAAAGAUUUAGAGAUUCAUCAAUCUCCAGAUUGUUUAUAAAAUAGACUUUAAUAAUUUUGA